CCCCGUCUCGGUGGCUCCUUGCUCCUUCCUUGGGAGCGUGCGUUUACGGCGAUUGCUCCUGCCCGCGUUUACCCACGUACCGUGGGCUCGUGCGUGUAGAGUCGGACUCGUGCACACGCGUGUCUCUGGACAGAUACGGUGCCGAGAGGCCAGGAGGGAAGUGGGCACCGGGGAGGUUCGACGUUUCUUUCCGGUCAGGGGGCCCAGGGGCAGCCAAGCGCGGGCCACUGAGGAAGAGGGGACAGCCCCAGCUUCCAGCUGUCGUCGCCGCCGCAGUCACAAUUUGAAGAGGGGUAUUUAAAGAGCGGAACCGGGCCGGGCCCUGGGAGGAGGAAGAGGGAGUAAAAGCAAGACGGGCUGCUGGAAUCGCAGACAGCCCAGGGAGAACUAAGAUUCCAGAUGGCAAAUUCUAUGAAUGGCAGAAACCCUGGAGGCCGAGGAGGAAACCCCAGAAAACCACGCAUUUUGGGUAUUAUUGAUGCUAUUCAAGAUGCAGUUGGACCCCCUAAGCAAGCAGCAGCGGAUCGCAGAACUGUGGAGAAAACUUGGAAACUCAUGGACAAAGUGGUCAGACUGUGUCAAAAUCCCAAACUUCAAUUGAAAAACAGCCCACCAUAUAUACUUGAUAUUUUACCUGAUACCUAUCAGCAUUUGCGACUUAUACUGAGUAAAUAUGACGACAACCAGAAACUUGCCCAGCUCAGUGAGAAUGAGUACUUUAAAAUCUACAUUGAUAGUCUAAUGAAAAAGUCAAAACGGGCCAUAAGACUCUUUAAAGAAGGCAAGGAAAGGAUGUAUGAAGAGCAGUCGCAGGACAGGCGAAAUCUCACAAAACUGUCCCUUAUCUUCAGUCACAUGCUGGCAGAAAUCAAAGCAAUCUUUCCCAACGGGCAGUUUCAGGGAGAUAACUUUCGUAUUACGAAAGCAGAUGCUGCUGAAUUCUGGAGGAAGUUUUUUGGAGACAAAACUAUCGUGCCAUGGAAAGUAUUUAGACAGUGCCUUCAUGAGGUCCAUCAAAUUAGCUCUGGCCUGGAAGCAAUGGCUCUAAAAUCAACAAUUGACUUAACUUGUAAUGAUUAUAUUUCAGUUUUUGAAUUUGAUAUUUUUACCAGGCUAUUUCAGCCUUGGAGCUCUAUUUUGCGGAAUUGGAACUUCUUAGCCGUAACACAUCCAGGUUACAUGGCCUUUCUCACCUAUGAUGAAGUGAAAGCACGACUGCAGAAAUACAGCACCAAGCCGGGCAGCUACAUUUUCCGGUUAAGCUGCACCAGAUUGGGACAAUGGGCCAUCGGCUAUGUGACAGGGGAUGGCAAUAUCUUACAGACCAUACCUCAUAACAAGCCCUUAUUUCAAGCCCUGAUUGAUGGCAGCAGGGAAGGAUUCUACCUUUAUCCUGAUGGGAGAAGUUAUAAUCCUGAUUUAACUGGAUUAUGUGAACCUACACCACAUGACCAUAUAAAAGUUACACAGGAACAAUAUGAAUUAUAUUGUGAAAUGGGCUCCACUUUUCAGCUCUGUAAAAUUUGUGCUGAGAACGACAAAGAUGUCAAGAUUGAGCCAUGUGGCCAUUUGAUGUGCACCUCUUGUCUUACAGCAUGGCAGGAGUCAGAUGGCCAGGGCUGCCCCUUCUGUCGCUGUGAAAUAAAAGGAACAGAGCCCAUAAUUGUGGACCCGUUUGAUCCAAGAGAUGAAGGAUCCAGGUGCUGCAGCAUCAUUGACUCCUUUGGAAUGCCCAUGCUGGACUUGGAUGAGGAUGACGACCGGGAGGAGUCCUUGAUGAUGAAUCGGUUGGCAAAUGUCCGAAAGUGCACUGACAGGCAGAAUUCACCAGUCACCUCACCAGGGUCAUCUCCCCUUGCACAGAGAAGAAAGCCACAAGCGGACCCUCUCCAGAUCCCACAUCUGAGCCUGCCUCCUGUGCCUCCUCGCCUGGACCUGAUUCAGAAAGGCAUAGUUCGCUCUCCGUGCGGCAGCCCCACUGGCUCACCAAAGUCUUCUCCUUGCAUGGUGAGAAAACAAGAUAAACCGCUCCCAGCACCUCCUCCUCCCUUAAGAGAUCCUCCGCCCCCUCCACCUGAGCGACCACCCCCAAUCCCACCGGACAAUAGACUGAGUCGUCACUUGCACACCGUGGAGAGUGUGCCUUCCAGAGACCAGCCAAUGCCUCUUGAAGCCUGGUGUCCUCGGGAUAUAUUUGGGACUAAUCAAUCAGUGGGAUGUCGACUGCUAGGGGACGGCUCUCCUAAGCCUGGAAUCACAGCGAGUUCAAAUGUAAAUGGCAGGCACAGUAGGAUGGGCUCAGACCCAGUGCUAAUGAGGAAACACAGACGUGAGGAUUUGCCUUUAGAAGGAGCCAAGGUCUUUUCCAAUGGUCACCUGGGAAGUGAAGAAUAUGACGUUCCCCCUCGGCUUUCUCCCCCUCCUCCAGCUGCCACCCUUCUCCCUAGCAUCAAGUGUACUGGUCCAUUAGCAAAUUCUCUUUCAGAGAAAACGAGAGACCCAGUAGAGGAAGAUGACGAUGAAUAUAAGAUCCCUUCAUCCCAUCCCGUUCCCCUGAAUUCUCAACCAUCUCAUUGUCAUAAUGUAAAACCUCCUCUUAGGUCUUAUGAUAAUGGCCAUUGUAUAUUGAAUGGAACACAUGGAACAUCUUCAGAGAUGAAGAAAUCAAACAUCCCUGAGUUAGGCAUAUAUUUAAAGGGAGAUGUUUUUGAUUCAGCCUCUGAUCCAGUGCCAUUACCACCUGCCAGGCCUCCAACUCGGGACAAUCCAAAGCAUGGUUCUUCACUCAACAGGACGCCCUCUGAUUAUGAUCUUCUCAUCCCUCCAUUAGGUGAAGAUGCUUUUGAUGCCCUGCCCCCAUCCCUCCCACCUCCCCCACCUCCCGCAAGGCAUAGUCUCAUCGAACACUCAAAACCUCCUGGCUCCAGCAGCCGACCGUCCUCAGGACAGGACCUUUUCCUUCUUCCUUCAGAUCCCUUUUUUGAUCCAGCAAGUGGCCAAGUUCCUUUGCCUCCUGCAAGGAGGUUGCCAGGGGAGAGUGUCAAGUCCAACAGGGCAUCACAGGAGUGUGACCAGCUUCCUUCAUCUGCAGAUGGUUCCCAAGCACCAGCCAGACCUCCCAAACCACGACCCCGCAGGACUGCACCAGAAAUUCACCACAGAAAACCCCAUGGGCCUGAGGCCGCAUUGGAAAAUGUCGAUGCAAAAAUUGCAAAACUGAUGGGAGAGGGUUAUGCGUUUGAAGAGGUGAAGAGAGCCUUAGAGAUAGCCCAGAAUAACGUCGAGGUGGCCCGCAGCAUCCUCCGAGAAUUUGCCUUCCCCCCUCCAGUCUCCCCACGUCUGAAUCUAUAGCAGCCAGGACUGUCGACACCCAGAUGGAAAGUAAGCCGUGCAUAUUCCAGGAGUGGAAAGCAGAGAAGUGUGGGGUCAUUUAAGGAGGAAGGUGUCCCGUCCUCACCUGGCGUUUUGAGAGAGGCUGGAAAGGGCUGCUUCUCAGAAGACGCUGUGUGCUCAGGAGGUCCAUGGCUGCGGCUUCCUUGUUUUUGCUAGCCAUACUUUUAAAUCAGGGUUGAACUGACAAAAAUAAUUUAAAGACGUUUACUUCCCUUGAACUUCAAAUCUGUGAAAUGCUUUUCCUCGUUUACAAGUUGGCGAAGUUGCAGUUUGUUUUUGGUUUGGUUUUGUUGAUCCUUGUACUGUGUUCUUGGCGGACCCUUUGAGAGUGGUCAGGUCUGCCGUAACACUUCCCGCCACUCGCCUGCCGUCCACGUGGCACAGCUCAGUCUCACACUCGCCCUUCACGCCUCCACCCCCACCCGUCUCAUCUCUCCCAGUUACAAGAUGCUUCCAAGGUUCUGAUUUUCAGCGUAUCAAGUUAAUGCAAAAAAAGUGUGUGGCCUUCACUACUGAGUCUUUUUUUGGAAACCAUUGUUGAGAGAUGGGGAAAAUCUGAAUGUAUAAAACAUUUUAUUUUUCUCAGUGACCUGCCUUUUAUAAGGUGUUUUCAUAUCAUACAGAGGAGCUUCCCUUUGUAGUGUAAGUUCUGGGAUCUGUCAUCUUCCACACUCUCAUCUUUGUCACCCGAGAGUGUCACGACUGUAAACAUCUGAACAGUCAGAAAGCAGCCACUGCGGAUGCGGGGGAACUGCACUGCACGUUACGGUGGGUGCUGUGUGGAGGUUCCGUGACGGGUCCCUGGUACAUGUGCCCACGUUACUCUGAGGCAUGCUGAAUAGGGGGGCUGUCUCCAUGGAAAAUAGUAAUGAUUUUCAGAUAAAACUGUGGUCAUACCUCUCCCAAGUAGAACAGAGUUCAUUUCCUAUUUGAGUGAUUACACUCUGGUACGUACCAGAGUUAGGAACCAGGUCAUUCUGCAGUGGAAACAUUAAACGUUGAUGCACUGUUAAGUGCUAAUGCUACUGUGGCAAUGUUUGUUUUUUGUUUUUUGUUUUUCAAAAUCCUUGGUAGUUUUCUCUCUGCAAUCAAAUUACAGUUCAUAUUUAAUUUGUAGAUUCAUUCAUUGCUUCACAUAGCUCCAUCCAGUCAGGUGAAAGAAAUCUUAUAACGUUGCCUUAUUUGGAAAAUGGAGGUUGGUUCUUCAGAAACCAUGUUAAUACUUUUAAUAACUACAAAUAUUUAUCGUGCAUCUAUGAUGUGCUUGGCACUGUUUUCAAAGCACAAACAGGCUGAUUUUAGUAUAAUGAUUUGUUUUAUCUGUGUUUUUAAUGGUAAAAGUCUCUGAUGGAGAAAGUCUGGAAUGUUUCCACCGAAGCUUCAGAAUUUUCAGGCAACCUGCUUCUAUCUUCUUGCCUAAUGAGAAGAUAGUGGAGAAAUAAGACAAAACCAGGUCUGUGCAAACCAGCAGAACCCUCGGAAGGUGUUCUAGGUGCCACCUGACCGCAGGACUGUGCAUGUCUCUCCGGGCCUUAGAUUCACACACCAUGUGACAUAGAAAGGCACAUGUGAUGCUGAACCUCCCUUCAGGACUUGAAAGGGUGUGGCCAGUCAUCUGGCAGAUCCCAUAGGCAGUGAUGCUGUUUGAGACUCGUGUAGUCCCAAGUUGACCUGGGAGGGGAACUCAUGCAUUCCUUUGCAAAGUAACGCCUGCCCUGGCCUGACCGUUUCGCUAUCAUGAUAGGAGGUACUUGAGGAGUCACAGGCCUGGAUAGUUUGUGCUCGUGUCUUAAUUUCUUCAGAUGAUGCUGAGCUGAUUAAGGUCCCUGGAAGGGAAUUUUUAACUUGCCUUAGCUGUUCUUCCUGUGAUUAGGUAUAUGACUGCAGUUUUUUUACACUUUUAAAAAUUAUAUUGGACAAUUCUGCAUUGUUUUGUGAACUCCAUGUUAUGUCAUUAUGGUUUUCAGUUGUUUGAUCAGUUUCUGAUGUCACAUUGGAAUAGCACUGUAUAUUUUGGCUUGCUUAUGACUUGCUGAUUGUAGGUGCAGUCUAAAAUCUGAAGGUUUCGGCUUCAUUGUGAUGACAUUGUUAUGACAGACUUAGUAGAUUUGGGAAGGAUGCACAAUACACAUGUUAGAACAGUACCUUCUUCUUACUCAAACAAUUGCAGAAUAAUCUGUGAAAAUUUCAAGUGAAAAUUAGGGGAAAAAGAAGGGACUGCUGGUAAUAAUAUUAAAUUUAGACCUGAAAAAAAUUUUAAAUCUGUUUUGCAAAGAAAACUUACUAGCCUCCACCAAAAUCUCCAGAUCUUGUAUGCAACAGCAACCAUUGGUUUCAUCUUUAAAAAGAAUGGAUGAAAACUUCUACAGUAUAGAACAGAAAAAGGGAAAAUAUAUCAGACACUGUCAUGAAAAGCCCACUGCUACCUAUUACCUGUGACUUAUCAAACUCCGAGAAAAAUGUUGGAGAAAAUAAUUAAAUGCAAAUAUUUGUAUUUAUAAAAAUGACUGCUCACUAAUGGUUGGUAAUGAUCCCAACUUGGUUUCACUGUGAUCCAAAAAAGUUAGAUAUUCCUCCCAUUUCUCAAGACCUGAUAAUAAGUUUUUUUAGCCUCUAUGCUAUUUUUAGCCCUAAUAAUUAACACAACAUUAGCUCUCCUUUUCCCAAUGUGUCCUGGGAGUAAAAUAAUUUAUCCUCAAUGAUAGUCAAGUAAGUUAUUCUCCAUAAAUUUAUUUCUUCUAAGUGUCUGUAAUAACCAUGGCCAAAUUUUUUUGAAUUGAAUCAGAGCAGUGCUUGUGGUUAACUUGAACUACCUUCCACAAAGAUGACCUUUAAGCCCUUCUGUAACCACUUCUCCUUUUGCUCACAUUGCAAAUAGUCUUAAUAGACCCCGACUGCAACUUCAAAGGGCCCAUCUGUAAACAUUUCACACAAGAACACUUGCAAAGAUUUCUUUAUAAUGUGAAUUUUUUCUUCUUUUAGUCCCAGAAGUAUUUCCUACAGUUUGGACAUUGUUUCCUCUCGGAUUUUCAACUUGAAGCUUUAAUUUGCACUGAAUUAUCUAACCUGGUUAAAAUUUUAAUUUUUUCUCUUAAGCUGACAGAUUUGGAAGCAAAUUACAGUAUGUGUUCAACAAUACAGGUACUGCCUGUUAACUUGGAGUUUUAGUGCUUCUAGGAAACGUUUCCAGAAAAAGACAGCAAUAGAGUGAAUGGUUUUCUUCCUAAUUACUGUUUUAUUUUUUAAAUGCCUUUUUAAAAUUUGUCUAAUGUGACAAAAUAGUUAUGUGUUCAAUUAAUUUAUAUUUUAUCCUUUUUUCAAUUCUGGUUAUGUAAACUCAAGUACUUUAUCUGUUCUUUUAAGGUA